CAUCCCUUAGAAAUUCGGAUCUGCACUCAGAAUACCUUGUGCUCAACGUGGAGCCAUGGCUUCAUCGACACCAACUGCCAAAGUAGAGCCAGAGUACUCCAAGCCACUCUCUUAUGAAGGGCAGAGUGAAGAGUUUUCUUUGCUCCAAAAUGUCGCACGAUUCAUCAUGAACCUCUGUCGCCCAGUAGCACCUCGGUUGAUUCCAUUGUUCGUAUGUCUUGCGCUGAUUCCAGUCAUCAUAAUUUUCUCUCUUUUUUCUGGCUGGUACGUUUGGAAGAAUGUUGCUGUGGGAUGGGAGUCCCCUCUGUAUCUACAAUACGGCGACGGUAUUUCUCCGUAUGCCGAGAUAUCAUUGCCAUCUCUGGCACCUAGCCAACCCUAUGACAUCUCUAUGCACCUCGUUAUACCAGCAUCAGAGGCGAACUUUGCUCUAGGGAACUUCAUGACUACUUUGACGCUCUCGACGCCUUCUAAUAGAACUUUGACAUCCAUUAGGAAACCAGCCAUAGUUCUGCCGCCUGCAAAAAGCCGAUUGGCUUGGGUAUCUUUGUCGCCCCAAUUAGUCCAUCUUGACAUUCUCUUCCUCGAGUCGCACGCGUCCGGCGCGUCUCGUGUCAUUGCCAGAGUUGAAUUGGGGCGCAGAGACGGAUGGAGGGUUCUUGGUAAUGGUGAGGGACGAGAGUUAAGCGUCCUUUCCGCGUCCCUGAGAGGGAUCGUCAAGCGCCACGGAAUUCGGGGACUUGUGACACGCUUCCCGGUUACUUCUGCCAUUGUAUCAUCUGCCACUUUUCUCGUGAUCUCUCUUCUAGUGCUUGCGGCAUGCAUCCUUCCCGCCAUUCAGUGGCGCUUCCCAAGUGAGGACGAAGGUUCUAGUGAGCCAGCCGAAGAAGUUGUCAAUGAGCGGGUAUACCGUAAGAGGCGACAAAGGAGGAAGUUUACCCCAAGAAAUGAAAGUACUUCGCAAAGCGAAUAUAAAACAGAGGACGUCCCGAUUGAUAUCCCUCCUGCGGUUACGUUCUCUGAUGAACCCCUGCGGCGGCGUCACUCAAGGGUAUCGGAUGUUUUCUACGAUUCUGAACCUUAGAUAGUUCCCGGUUUCACUAAUUUUCCGCUAUCAUCGUCCUCCAUGGACAUUUGAUGGACAUGUUUCAUUGGCACAUCCCCGUGAAAAUCGAGGACUAUUGUAUUUAUAGUUCUGUCACUCCGUACAAUCUUGUCUGUAAUUCCACGCCGCCAUAUUAGGUUGAUAUCUUUUGUGAAGA